CUCCCGGGCAGCCCCCGCCGCUCCUGCCCCCGUCGCGCCACGGGGCUGCCAUGCCGGUGGCGGCCGCCGCCCCCCUGAUCAGCUCCGUGCAGAAGCUGGUGCUGUACGAGACCAGGGCUCGGUAUUUUCUAGUUGGAAGUAAUCCUGCAGAAACCAAAUACCGUGUUUUGAAAAUAGAUCGAACUGAGCCAAAGGAUUUGGUUAUAAUUGAUGAUAAGCAUGUUUAUACACAACAAGAGGUGAGGGAACUUCUCGGGCGUUUAGACCUGGGAAACAGAACAAAGAUGGGGCAGAAGGGCUCUUCUGGGUUAUCUCGAGCUGUCUCUGCUUUUGGUAUAGUAGGUUUUGUCAGGUUUUUAGAAGGCUACUACAUUGUGUUAAUAACAAAAAGAAGAAAAAUGGCAGAUAUUGGAGGUCAUGCAAUAUAUAAAAUAGAAGAUACAAAUAUGAUCUACAUUCCAAAUGACUCUGUAAGAGUCAGUCAUCCUGAUGAGGCCAGGUAUCUGAGAAUCUUUCAAAAUGUGGACCUUUCUAGCAACUUCUAUUUUAGUUACAGCUAUGAUCUAUCUCACUCCCUUCAGUAUAAUCUAACUGUCCUGAGAAUGCCUCUUGAGACAUUAAAAACUGAAACAACCCAGACCCGACAAGAGAGUUUUGAUAUAUUUGAAGAUGAAGGACUUUCAACGCAGGGGGGAAAUGGUGUAUUUGGGGUUUGCAGUAGGCCUUACGAAAAGUAUGUGUGGAAUGCCAAGCUUCUGGAAGCAGUAAGAAAUGCUGUUCAUCGUGACUGGCUGCUGUAUAUUAUUCAUGGAUUCUGUGGGCAAUCAAAGCUGUUAAUAUAUGGCCGCCCUAUAUAUGUCACUCUGAUAGCCAGAAGGUCAAGCAAAUUUGCUGGAACGCGUUUUCUGAAACGAGGAGCAAACUGUGAGGGAGAUGUUGCUAAUGAAGUGGAAACUGAACAAAUACUUUAUGAUGCUUCAGUUAUGUCAUUUUCUGCGGGGAGUUAUUCCUCCUAUGUUCAGGUUCGAGGGUCUGUCCCUCUGUACUGGUCUCAAGAUAUUUCAACUAUGAUGCCUAAGCCGCCCAUAACACUGGACCAAGCAGAUCCUUAUGCACACGUUGCUGCUCUUCACUUUGACCAAAUGCUUCAGAGAUUUGGCUCUCCCAUUAUUAUAUUGAAUCUUGUGAAGGAACGUGAAAAAAGAAAGCAUGAAAGGAUUCUCAGUGAAGAGCUUGUUUCUGCUGUGACAUAUCUCAACCAGUUCUUACCUCCAGAGCAUGCAAUUAUAUAUAUACCCUGGGAUAUGGCCAAAUACACUAAAAGCAAACUCUGCAAUGUCCUUGACAGACUGAAUGUGAUUGCAGAAAGUGUAGUAAAGAAGACUGGAUUUUUUGUAAAUCGACCUGAUUCCUACUGCAGUAUCUUGCGUCCAGAUGAAAAGUGGAAUGAACUGGGAGGUUGUGUUGUUUCCACUGGUCGCUUGCAGACUGGAGUCCUUCGAACCAACUGUGUGGACUGUUUAGAUCGCACUAACACAGCCCAGUUUAUGGUGGGGAAAUGUGCUUUGGCCUACCAGUUGUAUUCAUUGGGAUUGAUUGAUAAACCAAAUUUACAAUUUGAUACAGAUGCUGUAAGAUUAUUUGAAGAACUAUACGAAGAUCACGGGGACACGCUUUCUCUGCAGUAUGGAGGCUCUCAGCUUGUCCACAGAGUAAAAACAUACAGAAAGAUUGCUCCAUGGACUCAGCAUUCCAAAGAUAUUAUGCAAACACUCUCAAGAUACUAUAGUAAUGCUUUCUCAGAUGCGGACAGGCAAGAUUCUAUCAAUCUCUUUCUGGGAGUGUUCAAGCCUGCAGAAGGAAAGCCACAUCUCUGGGAACUUCCCACUGAUUUUUAUUUGCAUCACAAGAACACCCUCAGUCUGCCACAGACCAGGCAAAGCUAUACUUACUGGUGGACCAUGGGUGUGCUAAAGCAUUUACCUCUUCCUUUUGAUGAAGUGACAUGUGCUGAAAACAGACGCAAGUUGACAGUGAAGAAAUUCCACAAAUACGAAGAGGAAAUUGAUAUCCACAAUGAGUUUUUUAGGCCAUAUGAGUUGAGCAGUUUUGAUGAGACCUUCUGCUUGGCAAUGACCAAUUCUACACGAGAUUUCAUGCCUAAGAAUGUGGGAAUUGAUCCAAGUCCGUUUACUGUUCGUAAACCUGAUGAAACUGGAAAAUCUGUGUUGGGAAACAAAAAUAAUAGAGAAGAAACUGUGCUGCAGCGCAAAACAGCUGCUAGUGCUCCUCCACCCCCAAGUGAGGAAGCAGUGUCAAGUAGUUCUGAAGAUGAUUCUGGGACAGAUAAAGAAGAUGAAGGUGCUGUUUCUCAACGUUCAACUCCAGUAAAGGUGACUGAUGCAGGAGACAAUACAAAAAUCACAGAGAAUGUAGUGCAAUCAACAAAAGAUGUGUAUGGAGUCAAUCUUUCAGAUAUCCCUUCAGAAGAUGAUCUUGCAAUAUAUGCAAGGUUUGUUCAGCUGGGACAGAGUCAGCAUAAACAAGACAAGGGCAGCCAACAAUUUUGUUCAAAACACCCCUUGGAUAAGGUCAUAAAUUUAAUACCCAUCUCCUCCUUUUCUCAAGACAAUAUUUAUGAAGUCCAGCCUCCAAGAGCUGAUAGGAAAUCAAUAGAGAUUUUCCAUGCACACAUUCAGGCUGGAAGAGGAAACAUGCAGCCCCUGGGAAGAGAUGACUUCCUCAUGUACAGAGAGUACAUUCGAAACAGAUACAUGUAAAUCCAAGCUGGAUGCUCCUGCCAAAUCUACUGUGCUGAUAAGUCACAAAAAUAAUUUUUAGAAAUGAAAUCUACUUUUUGUUCUUUUGCAGUAAUGAAUUUAUUACUAACUUUUGUAUUUAUUAUUCUUUAUUGUUACCCCUUUAUUGUAUUGUGCUUUUGGGGGGAAAGGUGGUUUAAUAUCUGAUUUAAAAGGUUAUUUAAAAUAUUUUUAGCUGAAAGCAUAUCCUAAGAGACUAAGUGAAUAAUCAGAGCACCCAGAGUCACUAGAGAGUAUGUAGCGGUUUAUGGCAAAGAAGAUACGGCAUCUUUAAAUUUCUUACAUUGUUAUGUUUGCUAAUAAAACAGAAGAGAUUUGUACAGAAGAA